UCAAACCCAAACCCAAACCCAAACCCAAACCCAAACCCAAACCCAAACCCAAACCCAAACCCAAACCCAAACCCAAACCCAAACCCAAACCCAAACCCAAACCCAAACCCAAACCCAAACCCAAACCCAAACCCAAACCCAAACCCAAACCCAAACCCAAACCCAAACCCAAACCCAAACCCAAACCCAAACCCAAACCCAAACCCAAACCCAAACCCAAACCCAAACCCAAACCCAAACCCAAACCCAAACCCAAACCCAAACCCAAACCCAAACCCAAACCCAAACCCAAACCCAAACCCAAACCCAAACCCAAACCCAAACCCAAACCCAAACCCAAACCCAAACCCAAACCCAAACCCAAACCCAAACCCAAACCCAAACCCAAACCCAAACCCAAACCCAAACCCAAACCCAAACCCAAACCCACGCCAAAGCCAGACCCAAUAUUUUGA